AUGUGCGGCUGCACGUGCCAUGUGGACCCGGAGACCUGGCGCGCCUGGAACGGGAGACCCCAGUGGCUGCGGGAGGCAGCUCGGAGGGGACCGGGACCCCUGAGCCCCCUCUCCCCGCCAGGGCCAGCCAUGGAGGACCGAGCGGCCACCGUCAUCCAGUGCGCCUUCCGGCGGCUGCUGGCCCGGAGGGAGCUGGCGCGCCGGCGGCGGGAGCGGCGGGACUACCGGCAGCGGAUGGAGCAGCUGCGGCGGGACGUGAGGCGGGGCUGCGCGGCGGUGGGGGCGGCCGGGACCCCCGGAACCCCAGGGGGCGGUGCGCGCGCGGGUGGGGGCUCCUCGGUCCACGUGUGCCCGCAGGCCUUCGUGGCCCUGCGGCGGCGGCGGGAGGAGCGGCGGCGCGGGGCGCGGCUGCGGGAAGCGGCCUUCGACGGCGACCCUGGGCGAGAUCCGGGCGGUGCUGCAGGAGGUGCGCGGCGGCGGCGGCGGCCGGGGCGGGGGCGGCCGGGCUCCCGCGCGCUCACCGCGGGCCGCGCGCAGGCGGACGAGCUGCUGACCCGCGAGGGCCUGGGCCACGACGAGGCGGGGGCGGCGCGGCGGCGGCGGCGGCGGGUGGCGCUGGUGGAGAGCGAGGACGCCGGUGGGAACACGCCGCUGUCGGAGGCGGCGGCCGGCGGGCAGCCCCUGGCCAUCCAGCUGCUGGCCGAGCAGGGCGCCAGCCCCAACAGCAAGGGCGCCUUCGGCCGGACGCCGCUGUACCGAGCAGCCUUCGGGGGGCAUCUGGAGGCCGUGGAGGUACUGCUGAAGCUCGGAGCGGACCCGCGGGUGUACGCGGAUGACGGCAGCACCCCGCAGCAGGUGGCCUCCCUGGACACUGUAGCCCAUGUGCUGCAGUCGUGGGACCUGGACCUCACAGAUGCCAUGCUCCAGAACAUGGACGCUGAGAGGCAACGCCGGGCCCGGGAGGCUGAGCAGCAGGAGGAGGCAGAGGCCAGGCGCAUGAACCUCAACGUACAACAGCUGGUGAAGGCACAGCACCAGCGGCAAACGCAGCUGCAGCAGGCCUACUGCGAGCUCAACCGGAGGACCGCGGAGCACGAGGAGUGCGCACGGAGGGACCCGCGCCGGGCCGAUCUCACCCUGCAGGCCAUCGAGGAUGCGGAGGCCCGAGUGGACAGGCUGCGGCUGGAGGCCCGGGAGGCUGCGGAGGCGCUGGCCAUGGCCAGGCUGGAGCUUCGGGAGCAGACACAGGAGGGCGGGGAGGAGGAGAUGCCCGGGCUGAAAUGCCGGGUCCCCGAGCUGCACGACGUACUCAUGAAGGACGUGGGUGGCCGCAUCCGCGCAGACGGCCGGUCAGUGGUGGUGACUGGGUGGGCCGGCGGCCAGAGGCACUGGGUGGGCAGCAGUGACCCGGUGACCACUCCCAGGUGGCCACUUGUUAUCGACCCUUCGGGCCAGGCAGCCACCUUCCUGCGCUACCAGGACACCAACUACGUGGCUGCAGUGAACCCGGCGCACCUGCGGCCAGAGAGGCUCCGGCUGGCGCUGCUGGGGGCGCUUAGGUACGGGAAGCCGCUGGUGUUCGACCUGUGCGAGGUGGACCUGUUCCCCGUGGUGCAGCAGCAGCUGGAGGCCGUGCGGCCGGGGCUGGCGCAGGAGCUGCUGGGCGGGGGUCUCCUGGAGCACGAGCGCUACCUGUCGCUGCUGCGGCCGGCUGACGGGCCCGAGUACAGCCCCGCGCAGUUCCAGCCCGCGCGCCUGGGGCGCUUCCGUGCCAUCUUCGUCACCAAGGCCCAGUGGUCGCCGACGGAGCAGCUGCAGGUGCUUCUCCCCGUGCGGGUGCUGCUCCCUGGCGGGGGCCUCUAG